AUGGCUACUUUAGAAGAACUGGAUUCCCAAAACUUGCAACAAGACGAAGAAUUGGAUCAGGAGAUCCUAAGCUUAUCCGCACAAGAAUUACAGACAAGAAGUAAGCUCUUAGAUAAUGAAAUUCGUAUUUUCAAAUCAGAAUUACAAAGAUUGGCUCAUGAGAAAAAUGUCAUGAUAGAAAAGAUCAAAGAUAACAAAGAAAAGAUUAAGAAUAAUAGACAAUUGCCUUAUUUAGUGGCUAAUGUCGUCGAAAUAAUGGAUUUAAAUAAAGUCGAUUCAAAAGAAAAUAGCGAAUCCAGCACACAAGGUGGUAAUGUGAAUCUCGAUAAUACAGUGGAGGGUAAAGCUGCAGUAGUAAAAACUUCUUCCAGACAAACCGUGUUUCUACCAAUGGUUGGUCUUGUGGAUCCAGAUAAAUUGAAACCAAAUGACUUAGUUGGUGUUAAUAAGGAUUCUUAUUUGAUCUUGGACACUUUACCAUCAGAGUUCGAUUCCAGAGUGAAAGCCAUGGAAGUUGACGAAAAACCUACAGAAACCUAUUCAGAUGUUGGUGGAUUGGAUAAACAAAUUGAAGAACUGGUGGAGGCCAUUGUAUUGCCCAUGAAAAGAGCUGAUAAAUUUAAAGAACUGGGAAUCAAGGCACCAAAGGGUGCCUUAAUGUAUGGUCCUCCUGGUACAGGUAAGACUCUUUUGGCACGGGCAUGUGCUGCUCAGACUAAUGCCACUUUCUUGAAGUUGGCUGCACCACAAUUGGUUCAAAUGUUUAUUGGUGAAGGUGCAAAGUUGGUUCGUGAUGCGUUUGCUUUGGCUAAAGAAAAGGCACCAACUAUUAUCUUUAUCGAUGAAUUGGAUGCUAUUGGUACUAAACGUUUUGAUUCAGAAAAAUCUGGUGAUAGGGAGGUUCAAAGAACUAUGUUAGAAUUAUUAAAUCAAUUGGAUGGGUUCAGUUCAGAUGAUAGAGUCAAGGUUCUUGCAGCUACAAAUAGAGUUGAUGUCUUGGAUCCUGCCUUAUUAAGAUCAGGUAGAUUGGACAGAAAAAUUGAAUUUCCAUUACCAACAGAGGAUUCAAGAGCACAAAUUUUGCAAAUCCACUCUAGGAAGAUGACUACAGAUGAAGAUAUAAACUGGCAAGAGCUGGCAAGAUCUACUGAUGAAUUCAAUGGUGCCCAGUUGAAAGCUGUCACUGUGGAAGCUGGUAUGAUUGCUUUAAGAAAUGGCCAAUCAUCAGUGAAGCAUGAAGAUUUUGUGGAAGCUAUAGGGGAAGUUCAAGCAAGAAAAUCAAAAUCUGUUUCAUUCUAUGCAUAA